GAAAUCUGGGCAGCCCACACGCUAAUGAUCCCUCUGGAUACGAGUCUGCGUGGCGCAGCCCUACCUCACGCACCUGUCUAGCUGUCCCCGCAGCCUGGAAGAGGGGAGUCAAACCGGAUGGGGUGAAGAUGGAGAGUUGGCCCCUGCGCCUUUAAGACUGCAUGUGGUCUAUAUCUUGCUGCUCUCAUGGCAGGCUGUGUAGGUGCACGCUUUCAAAGUUUGACUGGGGAAUAGAGGUGGCAGUGCCGCCGGCACCAGCGUCGCCCCGCCGGGAAACACACGCACACAGUAGUCAUCAUCUUUGUGGGUUGAGGGGGGGGGGCGCAUCUCGCCUGGGAGUGUCCGAGUCCUGCGAUAAGAACAAAGGGGGAGAUGACGGAGCAGCUUUUCGAUUUGUAAAUGGGAAACACAAGACGGUUCCUGGUGAAAGGAGGGACUCCCGGCUGCAGCCUGCCCCUCAGCCAUGCCGCUUGUGUUCCGCACGCUGUUGUUCGGCUUUUUAACGCUGCUGGUUGUGGUUCUGAUAAUUGAUGAUAUCGCAGAAGUGGAAAAAGAAACCGCGAACAUUGAACAUUCAAAGAAGAUGGACUUGCAGCAGCGCAUCCCUAAAGCGCACAGAACGGCUGCAGCACACGUGGAUCCGACUGCUUUGACACGACUAGGCACAGAUUUAAAAUGUCACGGUUCAAGUUACAGUAACACUGCCAAGCUCUCGUCAAACAACUGGACCUUCAACAAGACCCUCUCCAACCUCAUCAGGAAGAAUAUUCUGAGAUUCCUCGACCCAGAGAGAGACAUUUCCAUUCUGAAGGGAACACUGAAACCGGGAGAUAUCAUCCACUAUAUUUUUGAUCGCCAUAGCACCACAAACAUCUCAGAGAAUCUGUAUCGUCUUUUGCCCACUGUUUCUCCCAUGAAGAACCAGCACACAGGUAAAAAGAACAGCAGCUGUGGGCCUGAGAUUGACUCUCACGACUUUGUUAUCAGGUGUAAUCUGGCACCGGUGGAGGAAUACUCUCGGGACGUGGGGAGAAGGACCAACUUGGUGACCAUGAACCCCUCAGUGGUGCAGCGGGCCUUCCAGGACCUAGUCACUGAUGAGUGGAGGGAACGCUUCUUACAGCGGCUUCAAAGCCUCAGCGGUAGCGUGUUGUGGAUCCCGGCCUUCAUGGCCAAGGGGGGAGAAGAGCGCGUGGAGUGGGCCCUCCGUCUUAUCCUGCUGCACACCGUGGACGUACGCACCGCUUUCCCCUCACUGCGCCUUCUCCACGCUGUCAGAGGGUAUUGGCUGACCAACAAUGUCCAUAUCAAGCGUCCGACCACUGGCCUGCUCAUGUACACACUGGCCACUCGCUUCUGCGAGGAGAUCCAUCUCUAUGGUUUCUGGCCAUUUCCACUGGAUCUGCAGGGAAAACCGGUCAAAUACCACUACUACGAUACUCUAAAAUAUGAGUACACCUCCAGUUCGAGUCCUCACACCAUGCCUUUGGAGUUCAGGACCCUGAGCACAUUACACAGGCAAGGGGCGCUCCGGCUCCACACUGGACCGUGUGAUGUUGAGAGGAGACCACUGAAGGAGUUCCAGAGCAAAAAUCUGGGUGGGUGAUUUCUGUGAAAACCACAGUCUUGACUGUGAAGACUUUUAUGAAAAUUGAAAGAACUUAUUUUCAGUAACUGGAAUGAACCUUUUUCUCUUUCAGGCUCUAUUAGUGACUUGUUUUACCUUUAAUGAGAUUUCUAUGGCAACCUUUAAAAUAAUGAGAACUCUUUUUACCGAGCUCCCUUCUGCUGGUCUGGUUUAAACCAAAUGUUAAUGAAGCCCCUGUCAUGCCCAUAUAUUGGCCUGUUAUUUUCUAUAAAGAGCCAUUUUUAAACUAACUUUCCAGUAUGGUUCUAGGUUAAAAAUGAAGAAUUCAGAACACAUUUUUUGUUUUCAAAAUUAUUCAUGAGACACUAUAAAUUAAUAUCUCCAGUUGAUGAUAUAAUAGAGCUCUGGUAACGGUGUGUUGUACUGUAGUUUACCCAACAUAUAAUUUGUUUGAGGAGCAAAUGUUGAAUUAAUGGCUGUUGUGAGUCACCGGGUUGGCCACAAGAUGGAAGCACUUAAUACUGAGUGAGAAUGAGGGGAAAGAAAGAAAAGCUCAGCUGUUCAAACUGUUGUUUUUAAUCCAACUAACCAUUUUGAUUAGCAUCUUUUAAGAGUUGAUAUGAUAUAUGACUUGUGAUAACUUUCUUCUCAUAGAGUACAUUUUACAUGCAUGCUUUUGUAGCUUCUUAUAAAAUACCUUGAAUGGUGCUCGCGAUAAAACGGGUCAUUCAUAAGCAAAAAUACAGAACAUCCACACCACCAGAAGUGCUGGUAGUGUGAUAACAUUAGGUUACCUUGAGAGCCAAAUGAAGAAAUGAGGUCAUGUUGAACUGUAGUCAACAUCUGAGAGGAUAAAGGAGUGUACCAACUGUUCACACAUAUGAAUGUUUACACAGCCGUCGCUAAACUCACUCACUCCAAGAACACCAGCCCUGUUUCUGCACUGCAAAUAUUAGUUAGUCAGGUCAGUCUGUAUAGUGGUAGCAAGAAGAGCUUUGCUUUUUCUUAAUGAAUGUAUUGGUGAUAUUCUUACAAAUGCUGUAGGACAUGAGCCCCAUAGUGUAGUUUAAACUAAUUCCUAGUCAGUUUCAGUGCUGUAACACUGAGAGGAGAAGCGUGCUUUAACUUAUGCCUCUAGUCAUUUGAAAUGAUGCAUAAAUUAUACUUGUAUAGUGUGUUUGUGUUAGAAUUCAAUAGCCUUUAGGUUAAUACAGAUAUUUGUGGAUUCAGUGACGCUGCCAUGUUUUGUGCCUGUAAUCACUAGAUUUGACCAUUCACAUGCCCAGUAACAAAAAUGUCCAGGGUAUUCAUAUUGUUCUUCACAGGGUGGGAAAACAGAGUUAUAUGUGAUUUUCUUAAGUGCUACUUAAGUGUUACAACCCAGACAGUAAAAAAAAAAAAAAAAAAAACAAACAGGAUGUGUAAAAAGUACAUUUUCCUGCAGGUCUGCAGAUAAGUUUUUAUUGCAGGGAUAUGCUUUGAUAUCAGACAGAUUUUUCAAACUAGUACAUCUUAAUGCUGGCCUAUAUUAUAUUUUUGUACUUCCAAGAUCCACCUUAGUCAAAGUCUCUAAAUUCUGUUGUUGAGUUUUUUGUUUUUCUUUUGAUUUGCUAUGAGUAUUUUCCUACAACAAAAUUCCACUGUAAAUGAAAAUGAACAGAAGCACUGAAUCCAAGGGCUCUGCGCCUAAACGAGUAGCCGUUCAUGUGCUCCCAGUCAUGUCAUUUGUCUUUAAGUCAUGUUUUGUCAGGAUACAUCUGUUGACUUCCACAUUGACUUUAAUAUGUUGCCCAGAGAACAUAAUAGAAGUUGUACUAGAGAUGUUAGCAGACUAAGGCAAUGAAGGGUUAAUUGUGAGAGCUCAUCUGAGCUAAGCAAAAGCAGAAACAUUCUGUGACCAACAUUUUUAAGUCAAUUAACCAGAAACUGGAAUUUGCCAGUUUCUAAAACUUUCUACUGACAUUUCUGCUGUGUUGUAUAGUUUUAUCUUAUUUAUUCUCAUGCAUAUUGUAUGCUAACUGUUUAAUGUCCACACUCCUGUGAACAAAUGUUAGCUUUUGCACGUUUGUCCUCUCUCAGUCCAUUCCGCUUUAAGUAGAAACUCUAGAUUUUAGAAUAUUCAUUGCGACUCAGAGACACUUAAAUAGUGCAGUUACGACAAACUGGAUGUACUUAUGAGCAUACACAAAGGACCAGAAUGGAAAAACUAACACCUCUGUUAAAAUGAUUGCACACUUCAAAGGAAGCGGUUUUAUUUCAGUAGUGUUUCACAGAAAUGGAAACUGAGGAAACAGUUGUGGAUGCAUACAUCAUCUUUGUAACAGAAACCCAGGGGAUUGUUUUCACUAAACUUCCAAAACGGCUUGAACAGUUCACUUUUUUUGGUUUAAAUAUGGGAAAUUACCUACAGUGUUCAAACAGCUCCACAAUGACUUUGAUUCACUUUACAAGAGGAACUUUCUGUAGUAGAUGAUUCACUUCCAAUAAAAGUCCAGAAUUAGCAUCUUG